UGUAAAUUGGGCUAUCACGAUAAAGACCUUUUUUUUAAUCUUCCUCACUGUAUAUAUUGGGAAGUGAACGGGAGUGGAGAGUCAUUGAACAUACAAUGUUGCCUGCGCUUGUACUUCUUCUUGUGUAUAACGUAUGUUUUACACAUGCCUAUUCGUUUCAUCCUGAACGAAGGAAUGUAAUUAUUGGACAAGAUCUGCUGCUUGACCUAGUCAAGCGUAUGGAUGCAAAGGACGAGGAAAUUAAAGAGUUACGUGGAAUUCAGGAGGCAAAAAUAAACAAGCUGAUGAUACAGAUUGGUGAACAGGAUGUCAAUAUCAACGAGCUUCGAAAGAAAUUAAACGAAAAGGAAAAACAACAGAAUGAAAACUUGAAUAAUCUUCAACAGGCUGUGGAAAAACUGCAAUUUGAAAAUGUACAAUUACAUCAAUCAAAUUCGAAAUUCGCCGGAAGAAUCGAGUCGUUACGUGCUGUCAUGAAUAAUUACAUACAGACACAUAACAUUUUAAAGACGUUUAUUCCGGAAAAAACAUCAUACGAUGUCAAGGACGAGGGAAUUGCUAUUGAAGAUAACGCGGCAAGAGGUUUAAACACAUCUACGCCAGCGAUAACCGUCACCAACAACCGACGCGAUGCAUUUGGAAAGAAUCAAAAGGAGGAACGCCAUGCUGGGACAGACAUGGUUGCAUUCUUCGCAGCACUAACGGACAGCCCUACCAAUCUUGGUUUAGAUCAAAACCUAAGAUUUGAUCACGUUAUUACCAACAUCGGCUCGGCAUAUAACCCUCAUGCCGGCGCAUUCUUAGCUCCAAUGUCCGGUACAUACGUGUUCAUGUCAACAUUAUUGGCAUGCAGUGGACACAAAGGUCUUUUCAAAUUGGCCCACAAUGGCAAUGAAGUUUGUAAGCUCUAUGUUGCUGGAACUUCAGAUACACAGUGGGACACCAGCGCUGGUAGCUUUGUCCUGUACCUAGAGAAAGGCGACGCGGUAUCCAUACAGAAUAUGUACACUGGAGAAUGCGUGUCUGGAGACCACUUUUCCUACUUCUCAGGGUUUAUCUUGAAAGCAAUGGAACAGAAUCCAUCAGUUGUUGGAUAACUAUGUUAAAUGAAUUCACGAAUAAAAUUUAUAAGUA